AUUGAAUAUUUUUUUUUAAAUCCGACUGACAUUUGAAAGGAAGUAUAAGCAGCAUAAAUAGGAUGCUAUCUAUGUUUCGUUGGGUAUAUAUCUACGGCUUAAAACUAAGCAUUGAUGUAGUUUAAAACGUAUGAUUAUAUCUACAAUGUUUGCAGUGCCUGUCUAUGCUUUAGCAGUACUUGCUGUAAUGUUUGCACGUUUUGACGAAGACUUCGGGUGCGAAACAUACGGGGGUGCACGCUGGAAAUUUAGGGAGUGCUUAUAUGAGCGGGACGUACAGGAUUUUAAACGUAUGUUUAAGAAUUUUCUGCGCACGAGUGAUGGUGUCAUUGAUGGCGAUGAAGUUUACUCUGAACUAACGGAGAUUUGCAGUAAUCGAGAGAUAAAAGAAGGAAUCACUCACUGUGUUGAAAGGAUCGUCACAGAUUGUCCGGCACUAGAAGAGAUAAUAAACAGUACAAUCGAAAACAAGAUAUCAUUCUUCUGUGAGAACAACCGUCCCUCAAGUAUGCUCAGUGCAGCAUUACAGCAUGGCUAUAUGUUUAACAGUAAUUGCUCCAACGAAAGGCGUAUUCCAGGGCUGAAAGCAAUAAUGAUUUGUUCAUUAGAGGCUAGCUCCAAUAUAAGUGGCGACAUCAGGAAUUUUACCCUGGGCGGUGGUCUGUCAGCAUAUGAACAAUUUGGACACCAAUGGUUUCUGUGCACUCUGGCAAAAAUCCGAGAUGAAUUUCCAAAUGAAUUAGAAUGCGGAUCCACAGUGCGGGAUGUGUUCCAAACUGUUUCGAUAUUUUUCAUAUCGGGCAAUGACUACCUUGCACCGACGUUAAGAGCAAGUGACCUGGCUGUGUUUGAGAAUGUUUAACGUAGGCGAGUGCCAUACAAGAAAAGACUAGACAUAUUUCAGAAAUGGUACAGACAUUCACCCAGUUAACAUACUGUGCGAUACUUGUACUUGAAAUGUUUUGAAAUUACGCGAUACGUAAUAAAUGAUAAUAUUCA